GUGGAAAACUGAAGCAGAAGCUAAAUAUAAAAGUCAGCUUUGCUGCGUUGUUGACAGCAGACGUGGAAGCAGCAGGUUUGAUCCAAAAUGGCGGGAAGUUUGGUCACUCUGGUCCCUCUCCUCUUAAUCCUGGCAUUAGCUAAUGCGGAUGUGGUGGAACAAUUUGAGGACAUCCCAGACUGCAUGAAAUACUUCUACAUGGAAAAAGUGCCAGAGUGGGGCGUCUCUACCUUUGGUGCUGCCCGCCUGUGCCAGCGCUUUAACAACAGGUAUCACUUUGCCACACUGUACGACACAAACCAUCGCAUUGCUGUCUACUCUGCAUAUAAGUUCGAGCCCAGCAAUGGAGGAGGCAGAGAAAAGAGGUGGUUUGUUGAACCACAGUUGGUCAAUAAAAACUGGCAGGCAGAUAUGAGGGACGGAUACUGGCUUGGAAAGGAGAAUCCCGGUGUGUACUUGGGAGAGAAACAGGCUCUGAACGAGGACUACACUCAUUCUGGUUUUGACCGUGGACACCUGAAUCCUAAUGGCCACCAUGCAGUUCCAGGUCGUAAUGCCACCUUCACCUUGACCAAUGUGAUUCCUCAAAACCCGAAACUGAACCAGAACUCCUGGAGGAUUCAUGAAUCCCAGCUCACUGACCUCUUUAGAGAGAAGUGCUCACAGGCUUAUGUGUUGGUCGGUGCGAUUCCCUCUGCGAGCAACUGGAUCAUUAAGAACGGCGUGAGGCGGGUCAACAUCCCAGAUUACAUUUGGAAUGCCUACUGCUGUCUGGACAACAAUGGGAGGCCUGUUCAGAGUGGAGGAGCAAAAGCAAGGAACACAGAGGACAACGUGGUGGAGCGGCUGUCCCUGGAAGACUUGGGAAGCUUCCUUCAGCAGUUCUCAAAUAAACCAGCGGGGGCGCUGUUUCACAACAACUGCAGAGCCUAAUAGAAUUCAUGGAGGUCUCAAAUUAAAACAUGGCAACAGUGCAUCCAUUCAAGAGCUGAACCAAUAUAUAUAUUUUGUAAUUAUCGGCCCAAAAUUGUCCUUGUCAGCAUGAGGUUGCCGUCUCCAUCCCUCAAAUAAAGGUAUAACAGAAGUAUUGGUGUCUGCAAUAAUACAUUCACACCAUCAUCAUGCUUAAAAC